CGGGGCCUGCGCGCCGGGCGGGGCGGCUGGUGUCCCUGCGCCCGUCGCCCUGUGACCUCGCAGCGCCGCCUCCGCAGGCGGCCCGUCAGUGCUGAGUUCUCCAUUCCCACCAACCCUGACCCGGAACGCACCCUGCCUUCAUCCUCGCCCCUGUCUGCCCUUUUCCUGCCACCGUGGCAAAGAGUUCCCUGACUCCAGAGAAAAGGCUGGCCACAAUGCCUGUCGCCGUGGAGGACAUCAUGAAGCUGCUGUGCUCCAUCUCCGAGCAGAGGAAAAUGCAGGCGGCCAUCAAGCACUCCGGGAGGGGUGCCCUGGUCACCGGGGCCGUGGCCUUCGUUGGUGGUUUGAUGGGCGGUCCCCCAGGACUAGCUGUUGGGGGGGCCGUCGGGGGUCUGUUAGGUGCGUGGAUGACGAGUGGACAGUUUAAGCCCGUUCCUCAGAUCAUUAUGGAGCUGCCCCCCGCCGAGCAGCAGAAGCUCUUUAAUGAAGCCACUGCUAUCGUCAGGCACCUGGAGUGGAUGGACGCCGUGCAGCUGACCAUGCUGGUCAUGGGCAGCGAGGCCCUGCAGCAGCAGCUCCUGGGAAUGCUGGCCAACUACAUCACCAAGGAGCUCCGGGCAGAAGUGCAGUACAACGACUAGGUCUCCGCUCUGGGCAGCGGGGGGUCCAUUUCGGUGACUCCUCCACCUUGUGGAAGGUGACCCGGGACCUGGGGGGCAGCCCACCCUCUCCGUAUAUCGCCCUAAACUGGAUCGAAAUCUCUCGCUGGAGAGGCGGCUGCUAUGCUGUGUCAUGUUCUGGAAAUUAUUUAAGGGGACGCUGUGUUUGUGGCGGCGUGCACCUUCCACCGAGAAGCAGGUGCACCGCAAAGCUGUGCCUGCUGCCACGUGGAGGCCGUUUUCUGAAUCCCCCCACCUUGCCCACACGGAAGCUGGGGGAACAGCCUCACGUUCGGCCUUCUCAUCUUGUGAAAAUGACGCCUCUCCACGCUCCCGUUGCAGGACCAGCACCUUCUUGGGGUCCAGGGUCUCAGGACCUCAGAGCUGGCCCAUGCUGGAAUCAUGUUUACCUCUGAAUGCCCCUUCUGGGUGGCCAGUGACUUCUGAGUGGCCUCAGGAGGGGGCAGUCGGCCUGCUGAGUGAAGCCACAAAUGUUGGUGGCACCAGCCCCUUCCCCACUAGCUCUAGGCUGAGGCUCUUACCCUCUCAGGACUUGGCUCUCCUUUCUGAAAAGUCACAGUCCUUCUUGAGUUCUGCUUUGUAAAUUGAAUAUUUUCAGUAAAAAGGAUUGCUCUUUCUGAAGUGGUAGGCUCCUAAACUAUCUCUAGGAAAUGUGUCCACCCUGAAUUUCCUUAAUGACGUUUUUGCUUUGUUUUCAGAACCACAACUUGAGUGAGUGUCAUCAGCCUGCAAUAAAUGUUUUCUGAACAAUCCUUUCCCACCUA